AUGUCAGGGAGAGGAAAGGGCGGGAAAGGACUCGGGAAGGGAGGCGCUAAGCGUCAUCGUAAGGUUCUCCGCGAUAACAUCCAGGGAAUCACCAAGCCCGCUAUUCGCCGUUUGGCGCGCCGUGGCGGAGUGAAGCGUAUUUCCGGCCUGAUCUAUGAGGAGACUCGCGGUGUGCUCAAGGUGUUUUUGGAGAAUGUCAUCCGCGACGCCGUUACCUACACCGAGCAUGCUAAGAGAAAGACCGUCACCGCCAUGGAUGUGGUGUACGCCCUGAAACGCCAGGGACGCACCCUGUACGGCUUCGGCGGUUAAACACUCCACCGGCUAACGACACGAACACAACGGCUCUUUUAAGAGCCACCCACAUCUCCAACAAAAGAGCUCCUGUCUCCACCUUUGUGUAAAAAUGCAUCUUAAGCUUAUUAAGCACCGUCUACAAAAUAUCA